GGACGACCUUUGCCGACCCCUAAGUGCCCUGGCGGCGAGAUGUAAUUUCAGACCCUUAUCCGUAACACAGAAUAUGUCACAGCACCAAGUACUAAGACACAAAAUGUUUGCAAGCUGUGUAUUUACGACAUUUUUUGUUUGUUUUGCAGGUGGACUAGCUGAAAUGCAGGUGGUUCCAAGUACUCUGCGCUUGAGCGGUACUAAUCAGACCGUUACACUUACUUGUAGCAUUCCAAGUACCGCUACUGUCCAGUCUGUGUAUGCUAUGACAAUGUCACGCAACACAAGUUCACAACCUUCCCAAGAACAGGUCUUGGCUUUAGCUGAUGCCAUCUCUCCACAGGCAAGAUUAGUUUCAGCUUCAGAAGGGGGUCUUCCAGCUAAUUCAGCAACAGUUUCAGGUGGUACUACUCAGAAAUCAAUGCAGGUGAUUCUCAGACAACCGGACUGCAAAGAUGCUGGUGUAUAUCGUUGUGUCAUUUCCUAUAAUAAUGGCACGGAUGCAAAACCAAGUGCUGUAGAUAGCUCUCAGAAUCUGACAGUCACAGUUCCACCUAGCAACAUCACUAUGUCAGUUUCUCCUGACAAUGAAAUCAACGUAGCCAACACGACUGUGGAAUUGUUAUGUAAUGCGAUUAUUGGCAUUAACAUUCAAGGAGCAAAGUGGACGUGGGAGUACAAUGAUAAGAUUGAUGGAUGGAGAACAUACACACAGGACAGCGACAUCAGAAUGGACACACCUACCCUAGUGCCAGGCACGUGUUACUAUCGUCAGGUCUGCUAUUUAACACUCGUCCUUGCACUUGCCGACUCCGAGAGAGAAUACAAGUGUACAGUGGAGAACGAUGGUGACAAAGACUCGGCCUCUCUCACUCUUGGGAUAGUCAAUGAAGAUGGCAAUGCACCAAUCCAAACUUCAUCAACUCAGAGCCAUACACUAACACCAGUUUCACCAACUGAGAACUACAGCUCAACCGCUGGUACCAUGUUUGACAACACGAUUCUCUGCCUUGUUACUUCUGUAUGUCUGAUGGUGUUGAUACAAACUGGACCCUAAAAACCUGUACUUUACAACGGACACCUAUUCGACGACUUGAAUUCCACGAAACUGCACCAAUGUCUUUACUCGACAUGCUAACUUGUAUAUAACAUAUCGUUAAAUUCUUAUCCACAUUCACACAAAUACACACAUUAACACAUAAAAACAGAUAAAACCAUAUUUACAGGGUGGGGUUUAUUCCCCAUUGAGAAUAAGCUGCGAUUUCUAUAGAGCCCGCUUUCUUAUUGACAUCUAUGCUCCUUUGAAGUGUAGUCCUGAAAAGGCAUGCAACCUUUAAAGAUGCUAUUUGCAUAACUGAAUAUCUUAAAAUAAUAACAUUACCUUUUUUUGCUAUAUAAUGUAUAUUUCUCUUAUACUUGUUCUUUUUUGUUUGACAGAAUAUUUGAAUAGUUCUCACUGCAAAUGUUUGUAAUGAUUGUUUCUAAUUUAAGGUCAGAAGGCAAAAAAGUGAAUAAAAUAAUUAUAAUUAUUUAGCAUCCAUGAGCACACACACCUGGCGCUUAAUUUCGAUUUUUAUGGUAUUAUGUUAAUUGUCCUGUUUUAAA